AUGGCCUUUCAAGAUCUUCUGGAUCAAGUUGGCAGCCUGGGGAGAUUCCAGAUCCUUCAGAUGACUUUUGUUUUUAUCUGCAAUGUCAUAGUGGGUCCUCAUUCUUUACUGGAGAACUUCACUGCAGCCAUACCCAGUCAUCGAUGCUGGGUCUCCAUCCUUGACAAUGACACUUUCUCUGAUAACAAAAGUGGGAUCCUGAGCCAAGAUGACCUCCUGAGGAUCUCCAUCCCUCUGGACUCCAACAUGAGACCAGACAAGUGUCAUCGUUUUGUCCAACCACAGUGGCAUCUCCUUCAUCAAAAUGGCACCUUCUCCAAUGUGACAGAGCCAGAGAUAGAACCUUGUGUGGACGGUUGGGUAUAUGACCAAAGCACCUUCCUCAACACCAUUGUGACUGAGUGGGACCUGGUGUGUGAAUAUCAGUCACUGGAUUCAAUAGCCAAGUUCCUAUACUUGACUGGUAUGUUUGUAGGAAAUACCCUAUAUAGCCACUUAACAGACAGGUUUGGGAGGAAGCUGCUCUUCAUAUGUGCUUUAGUGCAACUGGCUGUCACUGAAACCUGUGUGGCAUUUGCUCCCACCUUCAAAAUCUACUGCUUCCUACGUUUCCUGACAGGGAUUUCUAUCUUUUCCAUAAUGACAAAUGGUACCUUGCUCGUGAUAGAAUGGACAAAACCUAAAUUCCAGGCCAUGGCAACAGCACUGUUACUAUGUGCUAUGGCGAUUGGACAUAUAGUAUUGGCAGGCCUGGCUUUUGUUCUUCAAAACUGGCACCACCUCCAGCUGGUGUUGUCUGUGCCAGUGUUUUUGCUACUUGUACCCACAAGGUGA